GCUGAUUGGUUGAGACGGAGCCGGAACGAAGGAACAGAAACACAUGGGGACUGAGGAUACGCUUCGUGGCUGUAAAUAAAGAUGAUUUAAUGCGGGUUUGAAACAUAUUGCAGCAGUGUUUGGUGGUUUGCGCACCAUUCUUAAUGUGGCUUCGGUGACAAUAGUCAAAUAGUCGUAAAGAGAUGGAGCCAGUCGCGCUGGUAGCUCCAGUCACAGCGCUGGAGUUUCUUCAGGACACAUUUCUACUCACAGGUGAAGGUCCAGUCUUGUCAGUGUACAGUCUCCAGCCUCGCCCUAAAGCCUGUGCCUCGCUCAGUGUCCUCCAGCAAUACAGAAUCCAUGGGAUAAGGCCUAAAAGUCAACCAGCGCAAAGCUCGGCCACAGACGUCUCCAGAAGGCAAGAUGGCCCGAGCUCCACUGCGGAACCAAAGUUUUCUGACCUCGCCGUGUUCGGAGGCAAGGCCGUGAGGCUGGUGAGGCUCCGCGCUGACCUCCAGCAGUUGGAGAUCGUGGGUCCCCUCAUGGAGCUGCAGGACUGGGCCCUGGACGUCCGCUGGCUCUCCGGAGACAACCGGUCGCUGCUCUGUGUUGCCGUAGCCCACAACAGCGCUCUCCUCCUGGACGCCGUUACGGGAAAUGCCCUGGUCCGGGGUUCCUGUCUGGAGGGCUGUUUGCUGUACUCUGCCCUCCUCCUGGUUCACGAAUCCUGGGCCGAUACCGUCUUAGUAGGAGGGACUGUCUUCAACCAGCUGAUUAUCUGGAAGCCCGGAGGAGGAGACAAAAGUAGAGAUUCUGAGCACAAAGCUCCGGUUGAGCGGCGACUUCUGGGCCACAGCGGCGUCAUCUUCAGCAUCUCUUACCUCCAGGAGAAAGGAUACUUGGCGUCGGCCUCUGACGACCGCAGCGUGCGCGUGUGGGGCGUCGGCGCUUUGGGCGGCGCUGGAGGGAAAUGCGGGGACGUGAACGCAGCUUGUUUAAGGGUCUUGUACGGACACCAAGCCAGGGUGUUCUCAGUGCGGCUGUCGCCGGGGAAAGUGUUCAGCGCUGGGGAGGACGGGGCCUGUUUGGUGUGGGACUGGGCCGGAGGUGGGAAGGUGGUUCGCACGCUGAAGGGACACAGAGCGGGUGGGGUUCGUGGGCUGGCAGUCAGUGAGGGGACGGGAGAUGAAGACAGGUGGGUGGCCACAGGAGGGGCGGACGGAGGGGUGAGAUUGUGGAGAGUUGAAGGCGGCGAGGAGAAGAACGAGGAGGAGGAGGAGGAGGUAACAGAGAAGCUGACUGACCUGAAUUUCUCGACUGAUCAAGGUGCACCUAAAGUAGUUUGUUUAGCAGGAGAAGAGGAUAAAAAUACAAGCUGGAGUCAGAGUGAAGUUGUGGUUUGCACUGAUAAAGGAAAAGUUUGCCAGUACAGUCAGGGGAAGUGGGAGACGAUCUGGGAAGGGACUCCUGAGUUUCAGUCCUAUUGUGUGAUGGAAACGGUCACCGUCGGCGUGAAGGAGUCGGCUGACAGAGUUCAUCUGUGUGCUGUCGGUAGCCUCACCGGGUCCUUACAGGUGUUUCCCAUUUCUCGUCCCCAGAGCGGGACUCUGCUGUCCUGCGGCUCGGGGAAGAUCCACAGCUUAAUUUGGCUCAAGGGAAAAGAAGGCGUGCAUUUGUUGGCGUCGGGUGCUGAAGGGCUUGUCUAUCGCUGGCGUUUGGAUGUAAAACUAGACGGAAAUUGUUCUGUAGUUCUCAGCGUUGACCCUCUUCCUCCUUUCCUCCUCCCCCCCUGCGCUAAACGCUGGCUCACAGCUGCAGUGGGCCUCCGCUCCAGGUUCAGGGAGAGGCUCUGGGUUUGCGGAGACAGGAGAGGGUCCCUGCUUUUAUUUCAGGAUGCAGAAAAGUCUGAGCAGGAGAAAUCGGACGGCGAGGUGCACGGCGUAAGGCUGCAGCCAGUGAGCUGCCUGUUCGGUGUGCAUGGGAAACAGGGUGUAACCUCGGUGUGUGAAUACCAAGGGCUGCUCUACAGCACUGGCAGGGACGGCUGUGUGAGGGUUUUCAGAGUUCAAGAGAGUGGAAGGAGCGCAGAGAACAAAGACGGACUUCAGCUGGAGGUUCUCAGAGUGCAGCGGGCCUGUAAAGGUAUGGAGUGGCUGGAGAGGAUUUUAAUACUCGAGCCUGAAGCUCCACUGGAGGAAGUGGAGGAGGAUGAAGAGGACGAGGUGAGGGAGGAAUCUGAGGCAAAGCAAAACAAUUUGACGGAAACGUUGGGAGGGGAGCAAAGAGAGAGCUGUGGGGAAGCAGAAAACAGAGGGAGAGAGGCCAGGUUUGCCAUCGUGGGCUUCCACGCCGUCCACUUUGUGGUGUGGGACCCUGUGAAGCAGGAGAGGCUGUUAGCGGUGCCUUGUGGCGGGGGCCACCGCUCUUGGAGUCUCUGGCCAUCCCACAAGGGGGUUUGGCCCGGAUACGGAGCUUUGGUCUUCAUCAAGCAGGGGUCUGUGCUGGCGUCGCAGCCCCCCGGAGAGGAGCUGGGCUGGGCCACAAAAGCAGGAAGGACGGGAGGAUGGGGUCUGAGAGAGGGCGUCCACGGGAGAGGAAUCGGCUGCGUGUGCAGGUUAGGGGCGAUAGAGGAGCCCGGGAACGAGGUUCAGACGAAAUCAACAGCAGAGCAAACUGAAACUCGAGUGAAAAGAAGUAAACUUCACUGGGAAGUGAUGGUGACGGGAGGAGAGGACACCAGCUUAACUGUCCUGGCCGUGCGUCCCUCUUCCGGCAGCGUUAAAGUUCUCUCCGUUAUCACCGACCACAUUUCAAGCGUUCGCACGGUGACGGCCGUCACGCGUCCGGAGCGAGAGACUCUCUCGGCCCUGCUCGUGUCCGCCGGGGGCCGGGCUCAGAUACAGUGUUACCGUCUGCUGGUCGUCUGGGACGGGCGGCUGCAGGCUCCUUCCUGUCAGGUGAUCCAGGUGGCCAGUCACCGGCUGGACGAUCAGUGGGAGAGGAAGCGGAACCGGCACAAGACGGUGAAAAUGGACCCGGAGACGAGGUACAUGUCUGUAGCCGUGGUGGAUGAAAAGUCAGACCGUGUUCUUCUGGCUCUGUCCUGCAGUGACGGUGCUGUCAGGUUGUUCUCAGUCAGUGAAGUUAAAUGUCGAAUCGAUCUGUUGUGGGAGACGUUCCACCACCAGCGCUGCGUGCUCAGUGUCGCCACCUGCAGCCUGGAGGACGACGAGGGCAACAGGUACACGCUGCUGUUCAGUGCUGCAACAGAUGGGAAAAUUGCAGCGUGGGAUUUAACCGAAGCUUUAGCCUUUUGGAGCGAUAACUCCUGCGGUGCUACGCCUCCACCAACCCCCUGCCUUAACAUUCCCGCCCACCAGAGUGGCGUCAACUCUUUGGCCGUUUGGUCAAAGAAACUGGGACAACAAGAGGGCGGUGGUUGCCUGGUGACCGUUGUUAGCGGCGGGGAUGAUGGGCGGCUGACGGCGUCCACCGUUAGGGUGCUGUACCCAGAAGAGUCCCAGACUUUGCUGCAAACACAGCUCCAACACCCGAAGCAGCUCCAGCUUCAUCUCCGCUCUCAGUCGCACGUCGCCCUGGCUCACGCUGCUCCUCUCACAGCCCUGAAGCUCCUGAGGCCCGGCCUCGUGGUCUCCACCUCCUCAGAUCAGAGGGUUUGCCUGUGGAAGGUCUGCAGCGCCGGCAUCAGCCACAGUGCGGCGCUGUGCUGCCACGUUGCAGACGCUUCGGGGCUCGCGGCGUGGGAGGGAGGACAUGAAAGGGGGGCGACGAGAUCUGAGUGUGAGCGGGAGAUUUCUGUUUGGGGAGGAUUAACGACAGAGGGGGAGACAGGUGGGAGGUUUAAUGAGGAUAAGGAGCCAGAUGACGAGGCCGAGGGUGGAGAACCUGUUGGAAGCGAGACAGGUGACCCAGUUAUUAAGACCUGUGAUGAAGACGGAGCUGCUGAGACGAGUGGUGAUCCAAGAAGUCAAACAGAAACCGACAGUUUAGGUGAAACCGGGAGCGAGGUGAACGGGACCAGUGAGAGCAGGAAGAGGAGAGAGGAGACGGGAUGGGUGCUGGUCUGUGGACAGGGCUUCCAGCUACUACGCGUCAGAACAGAGGAAAGAGGCAAAACUGGAAAAGAAAAGAUGAAUCAACGAGUUAAAGUGACUUUUCACAACAAAUAACAUGAAAACAAUGAAGAUCUUAAUUAUCUCUUUCCCCAGGGAUUCACAUUUUACAUCAAACGUCUGCUGCUGAUUAAUUCAUCUAUUGUAUAAUUUUUUUUAAAUAAAGAUUAUUUAUUCCUUA